AUGCAUUCAUCCAUACCACCAAAUGUGUAUGUGGCGCUUAAGCUGCCGUCAGACGUCACAAAGAUUAUACAGACAGUACCUAACUCGUACGGCAAACACCAUCUCGCGAGUCAUGGAGUGAUAGCUAACGGUAGCGGUAGGAACAUAUCUCUUGGGAAGUACGGGUCUUUUCCAUGUAACCAAAUAAUUGGAAGACCGUUUUAUGCAACUUUUGAGAUUGCAGACAAUCCAGAUGCUGACGGCCAUGUUCUGCAUAUUGUGCCCGCAGCUGAGCUUCAUACCGAGGCGCUGCUUGCAGAUGGUGAGGGUGAAGGCGAUGGUGAAGCUGGGACAAGCACUCCAUCUGCGCCAUUUCCUCAAGAGGAUAACAGGCACAUCAUUGAUAACAAGAGCACACAGCAGCUUACAAUGGAGCAGAUUGAGGAGCUAAAACAGUCUUCUACGGAUGCUGGGAGAGAGAUCAUUUCAAAACUGCUUGAGUCGCAUUCCGCACUUGACCAGAAGACGCAGUUCUCGCGUGCCAAAUAUAUGCUUAGGAAACGAAAGAAAUACUUACAUCGAUUCACGGUGGAACCAAUGGAUGUAGGGGUGCUGACUGAAUGGAUGCUUGAGCAGAAAGAUCCGGGGCGGAUUUUGGAAUUACGGGAUGAAACUAUAGGUUUAAUCGGAGCUUGGGCUAAUGUACAUUAUGGCGGCAGCGGAGAGUCUGAUGGUGUGGCAAAGUGGACGAUACCGGUGGCCUGGUCGUCGCCGCCAUGGCAGAAGGGCAGGAAUUCUAUAUCCUCCUGA